GAAAUUCCAGCGCACACGAGAUCAGGAGACGAAAUCGGAGCAGGAGGACAAGGACAAGCAGGCAGCUAGCCGCAAAGAUGCCGUGCAUCCAGGCGUCCAGCCCCGGCGGCAUGCCGCACCAGCACGGCCGCGGGCGGGUCCUCGGCGGCGGCGUCGGGUGCGCGGCGGAGGUGGCCGCGGCCGUCGCGGCGAGCGCGGGGGGGAUGCGGUGCGGGGCGCACGACGGCGAGGUGCCGGCGGAGGCAGCGCGGCACCACGAGCACGCGGCGGCGGGGCCCGGGCGGUGCUGCUCCGCGGUGGUGCAGCACGUGGCGGCGCCGGCGGCGGCGGUGUGGUCCGUGGUGCGGCGGUUCGACCAGCCGCAGGUGUACAAGCGGUUCGUGCGCAGCUGCGCGCUGCUGGCGGGCGACGGCGGCGUGGGCACCCUCCGCGAGGUGCGCGUGGUGUCGGGGCUCCCCGCGGCGUCCAGCCGCGAGCGCCUGGAGGUCCUGGACGACGAGAGCCACGUGCUCAGCUUCCGCGUCGUGGGCGGCGAGCACCGGCUCCGGAACUACCUCUCGGUCACCACCGUCCACCCGUCCCCGGCCGCGCCCGACGCCGCCACCGUGGUCGUGGAGUCGUACGUGGUGGACGUGCCGCCGGGCAACACCCCCGAGGACACCCGCGUGUUCGUCGACACCAUCGUCAAGUGCAACCUCCAGUCGCUGGCCACGACCGCCGAGAAGCUCGCGGCCGUGUAGGCGUGGACGGAGGAGGGGACUCCAUCUCCGUUGGGUGAUCGAUGGUUUUCUUUUUUUUUCCGGGGAGGAAGGACCGGAUCGGAGGGAGGAGGGAUGCGUGUUUGUACGGCGCGUGACCUUCUGUCUCUCUCUCUCUCUCCUUCUUCUUUGGCCUUUUCACAUUAGUGUCCCCCUUGGUUUUCGUUAUUAUUCUUUUUUCUCGUUGUUGCGAGAGACACACAGCACAGCAAGCCCUCCCUAGCUACUCUCGCUUGUGCAGAGAUUCGAGAGACGAUCAACAAGAUGACAAGUAAAUCUGUAGAGAUCUAAGUUCUGGCGCACGAUCGAUUCCUCUGGAUGUAUAUAUGUUUGAUGGUAACAGAGAUAUGGUUUGUGGAG